GACCAAGUUAUUCGCUAUUAAAUACAAGUGCGAUAGAAAUGCAAACUGGACGGUUUUCAUUGAUCGUGCGAAUGUUAAAGAGCACCGUUAAUUAUUAUAGAUAUAAUGUCUCGAUAAGUAACUGCUAGGAAGCUCGUGCGACGAAUAAAAUUUUCAUCUACCAACACAAAUACGCCUUCUGGAAACAAAGCCUUUCGUCUCAACGACGUAACGGCGCCCGAUCGACACCUCAGCCUAAAAGUUUACAAAUAUACAAGGCUUUCGCCUCGAAGGAGGACUAAACGUCCGCAUUAGCUCCGUGGCCAAUCCAAUAUUAGAGCAGCUGCCCGCGCAUUCAAUACUCGCCGAUGCCGAGCGACUCGGCAAGCAGUUACGCAUCCGCGACCGGUGCUCCAGCCCCUCAGCGAAUUCCCCAAGGUACGCCAGGAAGGGCCGUAUAAGGAAUCGUGCGUCAUGCAGGAACAGCAGCAGCAACAGCAGCAACAACAACAGCAACAACAACAGCAACAACAGCAGCCGCUAAAUCGCGCGAAGCGCUCCCUGGCGCUCGAGUACAGCAGCCUGCAGCGCGAGCCCGUGGAGGGCUUCCGGGUGAAUUUGAUGAACGAGGACAACCUGUUCGAAUGGGAUGUCGCGAUCUACGGGCCGCCCAACACCAUCUACCAGGGUGGCUACUUUAAGGCCCGCAUGAAGUUUCCCACGGACUACCCUUACAGUCCGCCGAGCAUCCGGUUCCUCACCAAGCUCCUCCAUCCGAACGUCUACGCGAACGGUUGCCUCUGCAUAUCGAUCCUGCAUCCGCCGUUCGACGAUCCCCUCAGCGGUGAGCUCGCCUCCGAGCGCUGGAAUCCCACUCAGAACGUAAGGACGAUCCUCCUCUCAGUAAUCUCGCUCCUUAACGAGCCCAACACCGCGAGUCCGGCCAAUGUCGACGCCUCCCUCAUGUACAGGCGAUGGAGGGACUCGGGAGGUCGCGACAACGAGUACGAGCGCACGGUAAGGCGCCAGGUCAGGUCAACGAGGGCCGAAGCGGAGCGCGAGGGCGUCGUUGUGCCCAUGACCGUUGAAGAGUAUUGCGCCUCUGGUGCAAAGCAGCCGGCUUACGAGGAAGACGAACCCGACACCAUGGACUUUUACGCGGACGAUCUCGACGAUGAUGACGAUCUUGAUAUUGGUGAUGACGUCUAUGAGGAAGAGGAGGAGGAGGAGGAGGAGGAAGAGGACGAUGACGACGACGACGAUUCUCGGGUAUCUCGCGGCAAAGUUAUCAACCGAUCCGCGCCCUCGUACUCGUUCGCCCCGCCUCUGUCGAGAGGAAAACCGUGGGGAGCUGCAGACAACGCUCGCGAGCCCUGGGAAAGCCGCAGCGAGGCUCGACGAUCCCAAACACUUCCAGUGCAAGCGAGGAAAGCCGUGGAGGAGAAACUGAGUGAGGACGAGGACGAGGAGGAGUUGCCUCUGUCGCUGCCGUCGCCGCCGCCGCCGCACCCGCCCCGGCGACCGACACUGCCACUGCCACUGCCACCGCCACCGUUUUGA